AGUAGUAUUAUUAGAAGUAAUCGUAAUUUAUAGAAGUAACCGAAAGAAAAAAUAUUAAAAAGAAAUCUUGCAGUCGAAGACAAACGAAUAAAAAUCGUAUACAAAGAGUACCUACGUAAGUGAAGUAGAUAGCUGCAUUUUAUAUUAUUAAGCGCAAAGCUACAUGAGUUUGGACCUAGAAGAAGCUAACGAAACUCAACAACUAAUGCAAAAUGAGGGCGAAGAAGAAGAUCAAAAAAUAUCACAUUCAGCAACAUCACCUGUGACGAGUAAUAAAUUGUCUAGUGAGGCAGCAAGCUUAAGUUCAAAAAAUCCAGGGUUGGUACCUAAUAGUACAGGGAAUAACAGCUUAAAUGAUUCUGCCAAGGUUUCUUAUGUUAAUGAAAAGCGUCUUCACCGUGAGAUGAUGCGAUCCAAUUACAACAAUAGACCAAAGCAUAUUCCGAAAGAAGCUCCAGAUGUCAAACAUAUGGAAAAAGCUUUAUUAGUUUUAUUAGACGACUUUCAUACAGGUAAAUUAAGCGCUUUCAGCUCUGGCUGCAGUAUGGAGCAAAUGAUAAAUAUAAGAGAUCAACAAGAGCACUUGGCUAGGCUACAUUUUCGGCUCUGUGCAGAUGUGGAGAAGCCCACAGAUGAAAGUUUUGACAGUUCAGCUUCAAGAGACAAAAUGGCACAACUGGUACAAAGUUUAGAACAAUUGUCUGCUUCUAUAGAGCAUCUUCAUUCUGAUGAGAGUAUUGAUAUUAGUAAUGAAGAUAAAGUGAAUACACAAAAUACAUGAGUUAUAUAUUUAAGUGCAUAUGUGGUGCCAUCCUUAUUAUUAGUGAUUGGCUUGAAUUUUACAUACAUACUUAUAAGCAACAGAACUUAACAUAUAGCUUGAUACAAAUACGAGAA